AAACAAGUUAAAAACAUGGCCAUGCGAAGGGUAGCAGAGAAAGAGAUAAGCAGUUUAAGGUUGAGGUCGGAAACAACAAUGUUAACCACCACCACCGCUCUCAGUUCCACUGCUUCUCAGCUCACGUCCCCAAAUCAAUUUUCCAUCAAAUUUUCCUUCACAUUCCGGGAAAAUAACAACAGAAUCGCGGUACCCAAAAGCUCGACUACCCAAAGAUCCAAGAUUUCUGCUGGUUUUCCUGCUCUGAGAGUGUCUGCCAGUUCCCAAUCAGCCCCUGCUUCGGCAGAGGCGUCAAAGGUCGCGGUUGUGCCGUCGGAGAUGAAGGCGUGGGUAUAUGGGGAAUACGGGGGUGUUGAUGUUUUGAAAUUCGACAGCAAGGUUGCGGUUCCUGAGUUGCUGGAGGACCAGGUUCUGGUUAAGGUUGUCGCUGCGGCUCUCAACCCGGUUGACUUCAAGAGGAGGCAGGGAAAAUUCAAGAACACUGACUCUCCGCUCCCGACUGUUCCAGGCUAUGAUGUCGCAGGCGUGGUGGCGAAGGUUGGCAGUAAAGUGAAGGACUUUAAAGAGGGGGACGAAGUGUAUGGAGACAUACACGAGAAAGCUUUGGAAGGGCCUAAACAAUCUGGCUCUCUUGCAGAGUACACUGCUGUUGAAGAGAGGUUAUUGGCACUUAAGCCUAAGAAUCUGGAUUUUGCUCAGGCUGCUUCCCUUCCUCUUGCAAUCGAGACAGCUUAUGAGGGUCUUGAAAAGACCGGGUUUUCUGCCGGUAAAUCUUUGCUUGUUUUAAAUGGUGCUGGUGGAGUUGGAAGCCUGGUGAUUCAGCUGGCAAAACAUGUAUUUGGAGCUUCAAGAAUAGCAGCCACUUCGAGCACCGGAAAGCUGGAGUUGUUGAAGAGCUUGGGCGCUGAUUUAGCAAUCGACUACACUAAAGAGAAUUUCGAAGAAUUGCCAGAAAAAUUUGAUGUCGUCUAUGAUGCUAUUGGUCAAUGUGAUAAAGCAGUGAAGGUGGUGAAAGAAGGUGGCAGUGUGGUUGCCUUAACAGGUGCAGUAACACCUCCAGGUUUCAGAUUUGUAGUUACUUCUAACGGUGCAGUUCUGAAGAAAUUAAACCCGUAUUUGGAGAGUGGGAAGGUGAAGCCAGUGAUAGACCCCAAAGGGCCCUUUCCUUUCUCCAAGCUUGUGGAGGCUUUCUCUUACCUUGAAACAAAUCGGGCCACUGGAAAGGUAGUCAUACAUCCAAUUGAAUGAGAAGGAAAACAGAAAAAAGUUGAGCCAUUUUUUGCUGUGUAUUAUGAAUGUACUCUCUCUCUCUUUCUUUGUAAUAUGUAUUGUAUUAUAUUGGCAAAUAAGUAGAUGUUCUUUAUCAAUGCAGAAAA